AUGAACGAAUAUUUCUCUACGUGGGGUUAUCCUGCUGUUUUGAUCAGCGACAAUGGACCUAGUCUUGUUUCCGAAGAAUUUCAGAGUUUUCUGAGGGGAUGUGGAAUUCUGCACGUGAGAAGAGCAACGUAUCAUCCUGCGUCUAACGGCGCAGCUGAGAAUCUUAUCAAGAUAUGUAAAAGACAACUUAAGCUGCUAUUGCUGGAGGGUGUUAAUGAAGAGGUGGCUGUGUCGCAAAUAUUAUUUAGUUAUCCCUCCACUCUACAUAGUACAACAGAAUACACACCUGCGGAACUUCAUAUAUGCAGACCACUUAGAGGGAAAUUGGAUCUUCUAAGACCAAAUCUGAGACACCAAGUGGCUAGAAAUCAAGCUAACCAACAACAUUAUGCUUGUGGAUCCAGAAAUCGGUCGUUUGAGGUAAGAGAUUUUGUAAUGGCUAAGAACGUUGCUAGAGGAAGUUGGGUCCAGGCUGAGGUGUUAAUAAAGCUUUCACCUGUUACGUGCACUGUGAGGACCAUCUACGGUGAUAUUUGGAAGAGACACGUAAAUCAAUUGUUUCGUUCGCUUUUAAAUAAAUCGGAACAUUCCGUGGAGAUUAAGGACUCUUCUUUCACGGCUCUAGUUACUUUUGACAGUGAAGGUUCAACUGAGAUGUCGUUAGCGAAUAACUAUCCUUUGAAACCAACUCCAAGUACUAAUUCCCUCAAAGAAUUCUCACUCUCUAGUAAAGUCGAGAGGGGAGUGGAGUAA